UCUGUGACCUACACAUCAGUGCUAAAUACCAGCAGAGAAUCGUACUUUAUUCAUUCUGUGUAGAUGGAACAGGCGUCGGUCUUGAGAGCCCGCCCUGAUUUAAAGCUGCUUACUUGUUUUUUCUGGGAUUAAAGGUGCUCAAUGAAUCAGGGCCCCCCAAAUGAGUCAAACGGCCAAUUCUUGCCAACAGUUGGUUGAAAACUGUGCCGCGCAUGUAGCAGGGAUGGCGCAGGAGGACGGUCGCCGUGGUCAAGUGCCACCCACGUUUUAUCAUGGUGCCAGCCAGGAACUUGAUCUGUCCACCAAAGUGUACAAGAGAGAGUCGGGAAGUCCUUACUCGGUGUUGGUGGACAGCAAAAUGAGUAAACCCCAUCUCCAUGAGAGAGAGGAGCAGCCGUAUUUCAGGGAGAACAGAGCGGUAGGAGAGGUCCGGGCUGUCAAAGAAGAUAGAGAAAACUCUGACGACUCUGAGGAGGAAGAAGAGGAGGAAGAUGAAGUGGCUUACAAAAGGGAGCAGAUUAUAGUAGAGGUAAACCUUAACAACCAAACAUUAAAUGUAUCAAAAGGGGAGAAGGGUGUCCCCUCCCAGUCCAAAGAGACUGCUGUUCUUAAGACCAGCAGUGAGGAAGAGGAGGAGGGUAACAGUGGGAACGAGGCCACUGAAGACAGUGAUGAUUAUGAGGAAAAUGAGAGGCAGAAGAAAAAAGAGAAAAGAGUGGAAAAAGUUAGUGUUGCACAAAGGAGGACAAGGAGAGCUGCAUCUGCUGCAGCAGCAGCCACAACUUCCCCAUCACCCAGAACUACAAGGGGUCGUAGAAAGCGUGUGGAGCCCCCCAAGCAUAAGAAGAAAGCUGCAAAGGAGCCCAAGGCACCUGUGCAGAAAUCAAAGUGUGAAGAGAAGGAGACUUUAACCUGUGAGAAGUGCCCCAGGGUGUUUAACACACGCUGGUACCUGGAGAAGCACAUGAACGUCACUCACAGGCGCAUGCAGAUCUGCGACAAAUGUGGGAAGAAAUUUGUUCUAGAAAGUGAGCUGUCCCUUCACCAGCAAACAGACUGUGAAAAAAAUAUCCAGUGCGUUUCCUGUAAUAAGUCAUUCAAGAAGCUCUGGUCCCUCCAUGAACAUAUCAAGAUUAUCCACGGAUACGCAGAAAAGAAAUUCUCCUGUGAGAUUUGCGAAAAAAAGUUCUACACCAUGGCCCAUGUGCGGAAACAUAUGGUUGCACACACAAAGGACAUGCCAUUCACCUGUGAAACCUGUGGAAAAUCAUUCAAACGCAGUAUGUCUCUCAAAGUACAUUCCCUACAGCAUUCUGGAGAGAAGCCUUUCAGAUGUGAGAACUGUGAUGAGAGGUUUCAGUACAAGUACCAGCUGCGUUCCCACAUGAGCAUCCACAUUGGGCACAAACAGUUCAUGUGCCAGUGGUGCGGCAAAGACUUCAACAUGAAGCAGUACUUUGAUGAGCACAUGAAAACACACACUGGAGAGAAGCCCUUUAUCUGUGAAAUCUGCGGGAAGAGCUUCACCAGCCGCCCCAACAUGAAGAGGCAUCGCCGAACUCACACAGGGGAGAAACCCUACCCGUGUGACGUGUGUGGCCAGCGAUUUCGCUUCUCCAACAUGCUCAAGGCACACAAGGAGAAGUGCUUCCGCGUCACCAGCCCCGUCAACGUGUCAACUGCUGUCCAGAUCCCUCUGUCCACCGCUUCUCCUGCCACCACAGUCCCCGCCGUAGUGAACGCACCCACCACCCCAGCUCCUCCCAUCAACCUGAACCCAGUGAGCACGCUUCCCCCGCGCCCCAUUCCCCACCCCUAUUCCCACCUUCACCUACAUCCUCAUCCUCACCAUCCACAUCAUCUCCCGGUCCCCCCGGUUCCUCAUUUACCCCCUCCUCCAGCUCUUUUUAAGAGCGAGCCUUUAAAUCACAGAGGCCAGAGUGAGGACAACUUUCUGCGACACCUGGCAGAAAAAAACAGUUCGGCACAGCACCACUAACGUCCUUGCUUCCUGCCAGCGCUUUUCCCGUUUUAUGCACAUGGACACAUGCCCUCAUGGAAGUACAGAGGGUUGGUUGGUGAGGAUCUUUGUCCUUCUCGUAGCUGAUGGUUCUCUUUUUUUCCCCUUGAGUCAGUUAACAGACAAGGAAAGGCUGGUUUGGAUCAGCAGUGCUCAUUUGAACUUGGGAACCAACGGGACUUAAACCCAAUUUUGCUUGCGUUUUACUGGUGACUUUUAUAAAUUUCAGAUACUGAGACUUGUGGAAUUUUAUAAUUUCAUAUCAGCUGAUGAGGUAUGCUUGCUUUUAUAUCCCGGACUUCUCCUCAAAGAGGAGAUAGGCCUGGUUUUCUUUGUACUAAUCGGAAAGGCUGUGAGAUUAAUACAGAGCAUUAAUUGUAUCACUGUGUAUCGUAAUGGAUUCUUUUCAGCUUUUGGUGCCGGCUAUGGAGUGAGCCAGCCCCGUAUCACAGUAUAUUUGAGCAUUAUAAAGAAAGACAAAAAAAUUUCUUGUUUGUGUAGCUCUCCUAACACACUCUUUAUUUUACUACAGAAAUUAUUUUAGAGUUUUUUGUAUAGACCUAUUUAGUAGUCUGUUUCUAAAAUGAAAUGUAUUUCAAUAAGCGGUGUAAUUUUUUCAGUGUAGCUGGACCUAUGUUGUAUAAUAGAUAAAUUUUUAUAAUCAUCAAAAUGUGAUUCUUAAAAGAUGCAUAUAGCUUCUAUAGUUAAAGUUAUUCUUACAACCAUACAACUUCAAAGGUGCUUCAGAGAAGAAAGGAACCCAAGAGGUCUCUGGGAAGGUUGCCUCAAAAAGUGAUGUUGAUUUCAGAACUUUACGUAAUUUAUUUU